GAAGAGAAUGUGAAGCUUGUUUACAGAUGUUGGGCGAGCGAUAUUUUGGGGUUUUGCGGCGUGACGGACUAGUAUAUCUUUUAAAUAACUAAAUAAUCUUUCCUUUGAUUUAUUGAUCGUGAUAUGAAAACAAAGAAAUCAUCAUUUUGCUGGAUAAGAAAGAUCAGGGAACAUCUCUUCGAGCUUUGAUUGUCGUAAUUUAGCCUUCGAGUCGAGUCUCGCAUGUGUUUAAAUAACUUUAUAUUUGGAUAACAACUUCUCUACAAAUAAUCUUUUAACUAUGUCUUCAUUGAGAAGGAAGUCAAAGUCUCCAAAAGAACCUGAUCGUAUUUUACAGACCAAUGAUAGAGACCACAACAAGCAGUUUCAUUUUGCUGACAAUUUUAUCAAGACUUCCAAGUACACACUUCUCUCUUUCCUGCCAGUUAACUUAUUUGAACAGAUGCAAAGGGUYGCCAACUUGUAUUUUCUACUGCAAAUAAUAAUUAUGUCAAUUCCAGAGAUCACUGCUUUAAAACCAGAAGCAACAAUUGUACCACUGUUAUUUGUGCUUGGUGCUACUUGUGUGAAAGAUGCUUAUGAUGACAUUAAGCGUCAUAGAAGUGAUCGUGGUGUGAAUAACAGAAAAUGCAAUGUAUUGCUCAACAACAGUUCCCAGUCUCUCAAGUGGAUGGAAGUUCAUGUAGGAGAUAUUUUAAGGAUAAACAACAAUGAACAAAUACCUGCAGAUAUAGUGGUGCUUUCAACUAGUGAAGAAAAUGGCUUAUGCUAUAUUGAAACUGCUGAACUAGAUGGAGAAACCAACUUAAAAUGUCGACAACCUCUACCAGAAACUGGAGAAAUGGGAGAUGAUGAAAAACUUCUACAAGAUUUUAAAGUUGAGUUGAGCUGUGAUCCUCCCAACAACCGACUUGACAAGUUCAAAGGAAAAGUUAACUUGGGUUAUAAGGAGUUAUCMCUGGACAAUGAAAAUGUGAUACUUAGGGGUUGUGUGCUUAGGAAUACUGACUGGGUGUAUGGUGUAGUAGUCUAUGCUGGACAAGACUCUAAACUCAUGAUGAACAGUGGAGUAAGUAAAUUUAAGAGAACAAAUCUUGAUAAACUUCUCAACAAGCUCAUCAUAGGGAUUGCUGGAUUGCUGGCUACUAUUUGUAUUCUGCUGUCAGUUGGAACAACWCUUUGGGAACAUUUCAUUGGACAGUAUUUCAGAGAUAUUCUACCUUGGUCGUCGUUCUACAAGAACAAUGUGGUGAUCAUUGGUAUAGUACACUGGCCAUCGUUUAUAAUGGUUCUUAAUACACUCAUUCCUAUCUCACUGUACAUCAGUGUUGAAGUGAUAAGAGUUGGUCAAAGUGUCUGGAUGAAUUGGGAUGUAUUGAUGUACUUUGAGAAGAAAGAYACUCCAACUAGAGCAAGAACCACAACGUUAACCGAAGAACUUGGCCAGAUUGAAUACAUCUUUUCUGAUAAGACUGGAACUUUAACCCAAAACGUCAUGACAUUUAAAAUGUGUUCCAUCCAAGGCACGAUGUAUGGCAAAAACGAUGAGCUAGAAGAUGAUCAUAUAUUGGACAUCAGUAAACUACAGUCCUCACAGGCAGAUUUCUCAAGGAACCAUUACUACGACGGCAAAUUUCAAUUUUGUGACCAGGCAUUGAUCGAUGAUAUCCACAAUAACAACAAGGAUUGUCACGAGAUGAUGAGAUUACUUGCYGUAUGUCACACUGUCAUGGUUGAUAACAUAGGAGGAGAUUUGCAGUAUCAAGCUCAGUCCCCUGACGAAGCAGCCUUAGUGACUGCCGCCAGGAAUUUUGGUUUUGUGUUUAAGGAGCGAUCUCCUACCACCAUUACUAUUGAUGUUCUUGGACAAGAGGAACAUUWUGAGCUGCUUGCCAUUCUUGACUUUAACAACGAAAGAAAACGAAUGUCGGUGAUUGUUAAGCACGAUAGUGAAAUUAAGCUGUACUGCAAAGGAGCAGACUCCAUUGUAUUUGAGCGAUUGGAUCCAUCAUGCAAAUCGAUGAUGGAUAAGACAUAUGAACACUUAAAUACAUUUGCUUGUGAAGGACUCAGGACUUUGGUCACGGCGUACAAGAAUAUUCCUACUGAUGUGUACAAGGAAUGGAAUCAUAGAUAUCAUCAAGCAAGCAUUGCCAUGGAGAACCGAGACGAAAGAAUUCAAGCGCUUUAUGAAGAAAUAGAAAAGAACCUUAUUCUAAUCGGAGCGACAGCCAUUGAAGAUAAGCUACAAGAUGGUGUACCUAGUACUAUUGCUACUCUAGCAGCUGCUGAUAUCAAGAUAUGGGUCUUAACCGGAGACAAACCCGAGACAGCUGUAAAUAUAGGAUACUCGUGCCAGCUCCUCACGGACGAYUUCACCGACGUCUUCACCAUUGAUAGUGACGUCAGAGACUCGGUCCRGAAUGCUUUGCAGGCAUAUAAAGACAAAGUCAAGUCAACUCUUCCCSCUCAAAACAGCAGAGGCAGUUCUGUUGAACAAGUAGAACUGGUUACUUUUAAAGACAAUUAUGUGGGGACAGUUUCUUCGAAACAAGGUGGCGGAGACUUUGGACUAGUCAUAACUGGAAAAAGUCUGGUGCAUGCGUUGAGUAAAGAUCUUGAGCUGGAGUUUCUUGAGUUGGCUUGUCUAUGUAAAGCCGUAAUCUGCUGCCGCGUUACCCCACUACAGAAGGCACUSGUWGUCGAGUUAGUUAAAAAUAACAAAAAUGCAGUCACGCUAGCAAUAGGUGACGGUGCCAAUGAUGUCAGCAUGAUYAAGUCUGCUCACAUUGGAGUUGGAAUUAGUGGCCAAGAAGGCAUGCAGGCCGUGCUAGCCAGUGAUUAUUCMUUUGCUCAGUUUAGAUAUCUUGAACGUUUAUUAUUAGUUCACGGACGCUGGUCGUACAUGAGAAUGUGUAAAUUUCUGAAUUAUUUUUUCUACAAGAAUUUUGCUUUUACAUUGAUUCAACUUUGGUAUGCGUUGUACAGUGGAUACUCCGCUCAGACUCUCUACGAUGCCUGGUUUAUUUCAUUUUAUAACGUUCUCUUCACCUCUGGACCUGUCGUGUUCCUCGCCAUUUUUGAUCAGGACGUCUCUCACACGAGCUGCAUCAAGUACCCAAAACUCUACAUACCUGGACAGAAGAACUUACUAUUCAACAAAAAAGUAUUCGCAUAUAGCCUUCUCUAUGGUACACUGACGUCAUUAUGGCUGUUCUUCCUGGCCUAUGGAGUCUUUCAUUAUCAAACMGUCGAUUCUGGUGGAAAGGAUACCGCUGACCUUAAAUUCUUUGGUACUGCAAUCGCGGCWUCUCUAGUUGUGGUCGUCAAUGUCGAGAUCUGCUUAAUGACSCAGUACUGGACUUGGAUCAAUCAUUUCUUCACUUGGGGAAGCAUCCUSUUCUACUUCGCUUUUUACUUCGUUUUCUACUCCGAAUUUGUCUUUAACCUCACACCUCAGUUGCAUUACUAUGGCGUCCAGUUUCAAGUAUUUGGGAACCCUGUGUUUUGGCUAUAUCUUGUAAUAGCAGUUCUUUUCACGAACYUGCCUUCGUUGUCUCACAAGUUCGUGCGCUCUGAGCUCCAUCCACAAUACAGCGAUGCUGUGCGACGUAAAGAACAGGGACGUGACCAGAAAAUGAAGGUSAACGAGUUUAAGCCAAAGUUCAAACUACGUCGACAGUCAACGCGGACAAAUUACGCGUUCUCUCAUCAAGAAGGCUUUGGAAAGAUUGUAAUGUCACCGGCGUCCUUCUUAAGGAAAUUUCGACGAAACGGAAGGUCUUAGAGAAGUAGACUUUAGGGGCUUUGUAUAUGGUGCAAGUCAUUACAAAUAGGUUAUUUUAAGUAGACAUAGCCUUAGCGAUAAACAUCACUAGCAGCAUAAGGACAAUAAAACUAGGAAACCAUUGGGCUAUUUUCACUAAUACAUACGCAUAGCGAUAAACAUAAGCACAGUCACAAGAAAAUAAUUUGGCCAUUUUUCUUAGUAUAGUGUGCUUAUUCUUGUGUUAAUGUCUAGUGGAAAAUCAUGUUCCAAGCUUAUGUUUAUGUUCAUCGAUAUGCUUACGCUUGAAUUCGUUUUAAAUAUAGAUUCCCUUUCCUAAAUAGGAAGUAAAACAAAGCAAAAUCAAGGUUAAAAUAUUGAUAGCCUUAAGUUWAUCCUAGGARAAUCCAAAAGAACUACAUGUCGUGGUUARAAGUUUUUMUUCGUUUCAUACCACCAACCAUGAACACAAUUUUUGUAUCACUGAUCUCUCCAGAAUUGUUUUGAAUUGUCAAUAAUUUUUUAGUGGUUGCAUUCCUCGCUAUUGCAACUAUUUUUAAACUUGAAAU